AUGACUAUGCCCCGACAAGAAUCCUCUCCUUCCGAUGAGAUUAGCAGUGAUCCAGCUACAGAUUUAGAAAUAAGAUUAUUGUCCGAUUGUUUUAUAAAUCGAGCUUUGAGAAAAGCGGACGGUAAUAUAUUAGGUGAUAGAAUCAUUAAAGUGACCUUCAAAAAUGCCUUACAACCGAGCGCUAUUGAGGUUAUAAGAAAGCAAAUUUUAUCAUUCAAUCCAUGCAUAAGCCACUAUAGAAUUGAAGAAGCACCCAGGGCAUUUUAUUUACCUGGGAGUUUAACAAUCAAAUCGAUGUAUCAAAAUCUCAUACAGAAACAUCUAAUAGAAGGCUUGGAUUAUUCUUUAUAUCAAAAGCAAUUACAAAAGAUGAAUAUCAAGUUUACAAGUCUAGGAUCAGACGUGUGUCCCAGCUGUUUUAGCUACAAACAACAUCGACAUACAAGGAUAAAUAGAAAUUGUAUUAAAUGUCAAGAGUAUACAGCUCAUACUAAUUUCUAUAGGCAAGCACGAUUUUAUUAUCAUAUAGAUAGAAAGAAAAAACAGUCUAGCACAGAUGCUUACUUGACAGCUGAUUUGCAAAAAUUUCUACUUUUGCCUGUUCUGGCCAACCAUACACAGAUAGCAGCUAGAACUAAACGUUUAAUAUGUUUUAACCAGACCUUUGUCCCACUAGGACGAGCAACAAUGGCAGUACCCAACGUAUGCAUCCUCUGGCAUGAAGGGGAAGCCGGCAGAGGUGAUUCGGAAAUUGCAAGUGCAUUUAUUGAGGGUUUGAAAUCUUAUAAUGGAAUCGAGCACAUUACGCUUUGGCUGGACAAUCAUGCCGGGCAAAAUAAAAAUUGGACACUCUAUAACGCAAUGGCUCAUAUCAUUAACACGAAUAUCGUUAGUUUGAAAAAGCUUACUUUAAAAUAUCUUACUCCUAGCCAUACAUUUAUGACAGCUAAUCCUGUCCACGCUGCCAUUGAAAGGAAGAUAAGAAUAUCAUCCAAUCUGGAAGUCUUUCAAGAUUUAGAAAAUAUCAUUUCCAAAUCGGGUAGAAAUACUCAUGUGCGCUCGCUAAAAUAUACUAAUUUCUAUAAGUGGGAGAAAAGGCCACCCAUUGAUGAAAGGACAGCCAAUAGUGACCAUUUGACCACAGCAAGAGUUAUUCAAUUUGUAAGAGGAGAGUCUAAAAUUUAUUGGAAAACUGAUUUCACGGCAGAAAAAUUUCACUGUAGUGAAUUUCUACUAAAACAUAGGGGCGCUCGAGCACGAAAAGGGAUACUUGGAGCGGUGCUAACCCAGCCUAGAGGAAUUAACUUGGUUAAAAGGGAAGAAAUUAUUACCAAAUUAGGUUACCUAAUGCGAAAGCGCAGCUUUAAAUUCUGGACCAAUAUCUCUGCCAAGAUCGGCAUUGUCAAUCUUGCAGUUGCUGACGAUGAUUAA